AUGACACAUAACGAAGAUAGUUUUAAUAAUACUAAUGAUCAUCAUCAUAAUAAUGACGAUAGUUUUUAUUGUAAUAGUAGUGAUAAUAAUAAUUUAAAUAAUAAAAAUAAUUUAAAUAUUAAAAAUAAUAAUAAUAAUAAUAAUAAUAAUGAUAAAUUGUUUUUUAAAAUAAUAAGAAAUAAAUAUUUAUUAAAAACAAUUGGAUAUUGGAUUAGAAAUCAUAAUGGUAAAGAAAGAAAGAAAUAUUAUAGAUAUGAUGAAAUUGAUUCAGUUGAAUUUCUAUUAGAACAAAGUUAUAUAGAACUAUUAAAAUAUAAAUUUAAAAGGAAUCAUAAAGAAUUAAAUUUUACAAUUGGAUCAUUUGAAAUGUUAUUUUCAAAAUUGGGUGACAAAGAUAUAUCAUUAAUUGAAGAAAUCUAUUCAAAAUAUGGUUUAUUAAUACAUCAAUGUAAUCAUACAACUAUAAUUGAAAAUGCAAUUAAAUUAUCUUGUAAAAAAUCAAAUAAUAUCAAUAGUAAUAAUAGUAGUAGUAGUAAUAAUAAUAAUAAUAAUAAUAAUAAUAAUAAUAAUAAUAAUAAUAAUAAUAAUAAUAAUAAUAAUAAUAAUAAUAAUAAUAAUAAUAAUAAUAAUAAUAAUAAUAAUAAUAAUAAUAAUAAUAAUAAUAAUAAUAAUAAUAAUAAUAAUAAUAAUAAUAAUAAUAAUAAUAAAGAAUUUUUAGUUAUAAAAUUUUUAUUUAAAAAUGGAUUUAAAUGUCAAAUGGAUCAUUCAUUAGUUCAUGUAACUAGUAGUGGUAAUUUUAAAUUAUUGAAAUUAUUAAUUGAAGAUUGUGGUUGCAUUGUAACAUCUAAAAGAGUAUUGGAUUCAGCGGUUAGAGAUGAUAAAGUAUCAAUUGAAAUGUUAAAGUAUUUAUAUGAAACUACAGGAUACGUUUGUAGUGGUAAUGCAAUUAAUAGUGUUGCAUUAUCUGGUAAUUUACAAGUAUUAAAAUGGUUAACAGAGAAUCAUCCUGGAUUAAGUGGUACAUCUAAUGGUGUUGAUUGGGCAGCACAAAAAGGUCAUUUAGAUAUAAUCAAAUAUAUUUUUCAAAAGAGAACAGAACAACCAUCGAACAGAGCAAUUGGAUUGGCAGCUAAGAAUGGUAGAUUCGAUAUAAUCAAUUAUUUACAUCAAAGAAAUUGUACAUCUCAUUCACACGCAUUAACGGUGGCAGCUAGUGAAGGGAGAAUCGAGAUAUGUAAAUUCAUAUUGGAGAAUAGACCAGAAGGAAUAGAAAUGGGUUUAUUGACACCAGUCUACAAUAAUGGCCAUUUGGAUAUUUUAAAAUAUUUAACUAAAACAAUACCAUAUGUUAAAGUUACACCAGAGGCAGUAUUAAGUGCCUGUAUUAGAGGCUAUUGUGAUAUUAUAGAGUUUCAUCAUUAUCAUAGAAACGAGGCGACUACCACAUUUUCAAGUAGUUGUAUGGAUGAAGCAUCGAGACAUGGUCAUUUGGAAAUUGUUAAAUUCUUACAUUUCAAUCGUACCGAAGGAUGCACUUCGAGAGCGAUGGAUUACGCAUCUGAAAAUGGUUAUUUGGAGAUUGUAAAGUUUUUACAUAAUAAUCGUACAGAAGGUUGUAGUUUUAAUGCAUUGGAAAAGUCGUCAAAGAAUGGUCAUUUGGAGGUUGUACAAUUUUUAAUUGAAAAUGGAUUUUAUAAUGAAAAUUACAUUGGAAAUGCAAUAGAGUUGACAUCAUUAAAUGGUCAUUUACCAAUUCUCAAAUUAUUAGUAUCACAUUUUAAAAGUAGAUUAUCAUUUGUAGCUUUAAUCAAUGCUUGUAAAUCAAAUCAUCUAGAUUGUGUUCUCUAUUUAUUAAAUGAUGAAUUCUCAGAUAUCAACAUUUUAUUCAUAUCACUUCAAACUUCAAUUAAACAUAAUUCAAUCAAAGUUGUAAAUCAUUUAAUCGAUUACAUUAAAAAACAAUUAUUAAAAGAAAAUAAAGAUGAAAAACUUCAAAAAGAUCUUGAAUCAAUUUUAAAAUACGAUUGGAUAGUAUUAAUUACAAAUUAUCAAAGAUUUGAAAUUUUAAAAAUAUUUGAUUCUUUAGAUUUUUUAAAUAUAUCAAAAUUAAGCUUAAAAGAGUCAAUAGAAUUUUCAAUGAUUAAUAAUGAUAUUCAAAUUUUAAAAUAUUUAACAAAUAAAUUAAAUCAAAAUCAAAAUAAGAAUAAUUUAUUUUUAAAUAUAAAUAAUAAUAUAUUAAAAACAAUAUUUGAAAAAGGUUAUCUUUUAAUUAUUAGAUUUUUAAAUGAACAAAUAGGUAAUAAUAAUAGUUAUAUUGAAACAUUUUUAAAAGAAUUUGGUGAAAAGAAUAAUUUAUUUAUUAGAGGUUACUUUUCAACAUUAAUUUAUUUAUUUCAAAAUUUUAAUCAACCAAUUAAAAAAUUAAUUGAAAAUUGGAUUUCUGAAUCAUGUAUAAAAGAUUCAAAAUUAAUUGAAUAUUUUGAUAAUUAA